AUGAAGUUGUCUAUUUUGUCUCUGGCAGCCAUUGCUGGAGCCGCCAUGGCCGACCUUGAUCCCAUUGUCAUCAAGGGGUCAAAAUUCUUCUACUCGAGCAACAACACCCAAUUCUAUCUUCGCGGCGUGGCUUAUCAACAGUCAGCUAGCGGUAGUAGCUACAGUGAUCCCCUGGCCGACGCUGAGGCAUGCCGGCGCGAUGUCCCCGUUUUGCAGGAGCUUCAUACCAACGUGAUACGGACUUAUCACAUCAAUGCAAGUGCCGAUCACUCGGAGUGCAUGAAGCUGCUGUCGGACGCCGGCAUCUAUCUGAUCUCGGAUCUGUCGAUCCCAUCCGAGUCCAUCAAUCGCAAUGAGCCCACGUGGCAGACGAGUCUCUACGACCGGUACACGGCGGUAAUUGAUGAGCUGGCUCAGUAUAACAACACGAUUGGAUUCUUCGCCGGUAAUGAGGUUUCUAACAAUGAGGCCACCACCGAUGCGAGUGCUUUUGUCAAAGCUGCCGUGCGCGACAUGAAGACAUAUAUCAAGCAAAAGGGCUACCGCUCCAUGGGUGUGGGAUAUGCCACUUCGGAUGAUUCCUCGAUCCGCCAUGAUAUGGCCGACUACUUCGAUUGUGACAACCAGAAAGAUAGUAUUGAUUUCUGGGGCUACAAUGUCUACUCCUGGUGCGGCAGCUCCAACUACGAGGAUUCUGGGUACAAGAACCGCACCGAAGAGUUCCGCGACUAUUCGGUCCCCGUCUUUUUCGCCGAGUACGGCUGCAAUAAAGUGACGCCUCGCAAAUUCACUGAGAUUCAAGCUCUGUUUGGUGACACUAUGGCCGAGGUUUGGUCUGGUGGAAUUGUGUACAUGUAUUUCCAGGAGACCAACAACUACGGUCUCGUAUCUGCAGUCGACAGCACAAGUAUCAGCAAGAUGGCCGACUACAAGUACUACUCCAGCGAAAUUGCGAGCGUCAAUCCCACGGGUACCAACAAGGCCUCUUAUACGCCCACCAACACUGCCCUACAAAGCUGUCCCACGAAUGGUACCAGCUGGCACGCCAACCCAACACCCUUGCCCCCGACCCCGGAUCAGAACUUGUGUGGCUGUAUCGAAGAUGCCUCAGGUUGUGUGGUAAGCGACUCCGUCUCCACCGAAAAAUAUGGAGACUUCUUCGACAUUGUCUGCGGUUCCACGGACUGCUCCGGAACCAAAGCCAACGGCACCUUGGGCGAGUACGGUGCCUACAGCAUGUGCGAGUUGAAGCAGAAGCUUGCCUUUGUUCUUAACAAGUAUUACACCGAACAGGGCAAGGCCACCACGGCUUGCAGCUUCAAGGGAUCAGCCACCACCAAGGCCACCACCAGCCCGACUGGUAUCUGUUCUGCGCAAAUCGACGAGGCGGGCAAAGUCGGCACUGGCAGCGUUAGCACGGAGGCGACUGCCACUGCGGACUCGUCUUCGGGCUCGACCAAAUCGUCAAGUGGUGGAGCUCCCUUCGGUGUGCAUCCGAGUGUAACGGUUGGUGCUUUCCAGGUUGGCGCGUAUAUGGCUAUGGCAAUCCUGUCUGGUCUCGGGAUGGUCCUGCUUUAA